AUGUCACAUUCAACUGAACCAGUAAUUACAACACCCACUGAUCAAGUGAGUGUUACAGUUGUACGAAAAUCUGAUGGACAAUCCUUGACGUUUGUAUUGGAUGAAAAAACUCAUGUUCAUGAUUUGAAAACUGAACUAAAAUUACGAUUAAAACCACAAUUUGAAGAAGGUUGUCGUCUUAUUUUCCGUGAUAAAGUACUCAAAGGCAAACAUUCUCUUAAACAUUAUGGUAUUAAAAAAGGUGUCAACGAUCAAGCUAUUUCAAUGGAUGAUUCAAAGAAUUGGAAUUCAUCAUCAUCUUCAUCAGACGAGGAAAAACAUAAAUAA